CAGCUCGUUGCACUUAUUCCGACCCCAUCCUCCCAGGCAAUUCGGACCUGUCGCCCCCCCCGUCCCUCGGAAGCCUCGUCGUGGCUAUUCUAAACCCCUUUAGUAACGCAGGAUCUUCUCGGUCCUCUGGACUCGCUGCAAACUGGAGCUGGAAAUGUCUGCAACACUUUUAUCCGCCUUCUACGACAUUGACUUGUUCUGUAAGAACGAGAAAGUCCUGAACAAUCUGAACUUGAGCAGCAUGCUGGAUAAGAAGGCGGUGGGCAGCCCGGUGUCUACCCAAAAUUCCAGCCUAAUCCCGGGGUUCCUGCGCAGACACUCGGCCAGCAACUUGCAGGCUCUGGCCAACAACAACAACUCAUCCCCCAAGUUCUGCAACAACAACCUCAAGGAAUCUGUGGUGAGCACCACCGCCCUGCUGAACAAAGAGAACAAGUUCCGGGACCGUUCGUUCAGUGAGAAUGGGGAGCGCAGCCAGCACCUAAUGCAUCUCCAGCAGCAACAGCAGCAGCAGAAGUCUGGUGCACAAAUCAACUCAACCCGCUACAAGACCGAGCUGUGUCGGCCCUUUGAGGAGAGUGGCACCUGCAAGUAUGGGGAGAAGUGCCAGUUUGCCCACGGCUUUCAUGAGCUGCGCAGCCUGACCAGACACCCCAAGUACAAGACAGAGCUGUGCCGCACUUUCCAUACAAUUGGCUUCUGUCCCUAUGGCCCUCGUUGUCACUUCAUCCACAAUGCCGAGGAGAGGAGGCAGGCACCCGGUGGAGGUGGCUCCCCCACGGACUGCUUCAAUGGCCAGCGCCCCAAGCUACACCACAGUCUCAGCUUCUCCGGGUUUCCUAACCACAGCCUGGACUCCCCACUACUGGAGAGCCCGACCUCCCGCACUCCUCCUCCGCAGCCCUCCAACUCCCUGUACUGCGAGGAGGCGGUUCCAUGUGCCAACAAUGCCUUUACCUUCUCUGGCCAGGAGCUGAGUCUCAUCACCCCACUGGCCAUCCAGACCCACAAUCUGUCUGGAUACAACCCUGCAGCCUACUGCCGCCAGCAGCAGCAGCCUGCUUCCUCCAACUCGCCUCCUCCAAGCCUUAACUUCCAGCCCUUGAGGCGCCUCUCUGAGUCCCCUGUGUUUGAUGCUCCCCCCAGCCCACCUGAUUCCCUCUCUGACCGGGAGAGCUACCUGAGUGGCUCCCUAAGCUCUGGCAGCCUGAGUGGAUCAGAUUCCCCUACCCUGGACUCAAACAGGCGCCUGCCCAUCUUCAGCAGGCUAUCUAUCUCUGAUGACUGAGCCACCACCCCCAGUAGGGUGCUUUCUGGACUAGGGGGCAAAUGCUACUCUGGCUGGUAUUGUGUUUUUUGUUUUGUUUCCCAUUUUGUUUUGUUUUUUUAAAUGAUUUGGGCUUCAUAGCCACCUAUCUAAUAAGAGGGCAGUGCUGUAAAGCCCACAGCUGUUGCAAAACCUCUUGUUUUACCGAUGAAAGCAGAGCUGCCAAUCCAUUGGUCAUGUUGAUUAUGGGUUUUCUUUAAAAUCCAGGACAGGGACAGCUCUGCUCCACUAGAGGUUAUGUGGCAGCUGGGGUUUUUGAGUUCCACAAACUGUCCUGGUGAUUGGACUAGAGGGUUGUUGCCCACCCUGCCUUUAAAUACAGUGGAAGUGUCAGGGGCCAGUUUUUGCCCCUCUUUUUGUCACAAAGCUGCCAGUCUGUCCCUGCACCUCGCUCAGUAUGUGCUACAGAGACUCAGGAGGGUGAAGCAGAGGAUGACCCAAGCCUACACCUAUGUAAUAAUGGCAAGGACUAAACACUUGAACUAUUUGAAGCUGGCACUCAUGAUGUUCCCUGUAUUAUUAUUAUUAUUAUUAUUGUUGUCGUUGUUUAUUGUUAUUAUUAUUUUUUUUUUUUGUUUCUUGCCUUUGUGCCUCUGCCAAUUUUUAUUUAAUGAAAAGCAGAGUCAGAAAAAGACUCGUGGAAAAAAAAAUCCUGAAAGCUGAACAAAAAAGAAACCUUACUCGCAAAAGGGCAAACUUAUCGAAUAGAACAAAACUAUUUUUAUAGAACUGUGGGGGUUAGCGGGUGGGAUGUGUCUUUUUGGGGGUGGGGGAUAGUUUUAUGCACCAGCAGGCAUUCCAUCUCUUAAAGCAUUAGCACAGCAAACUUGGGGGACUACAUUUUUAUCUUUCUCCCAAGCAUUUAAUAAUAAAACAGUCCGGUUGAAAAAAAGGAAAGAAAACCUGAAAAACAAGAGACAAAGAAAAUCCUUGAUACGCUUUUUAAAAAUUCACCAUCCUGCCAAGAAUAUGCCUUAACAACAAGCAACCCUCUGAUAUGUCUAUUUUUCUUUAGCUUAACAUGUACUAAAACUUUCAUUCCAAAGUUUAACAUCAGUUCCAUUUCCAUUGCUUAGUGGGCUGUUAGCUUAGAACAAUUUGUUCCUCUAUUCGGAAGCACUCAGUUAGUUUAUAAUUGUUGAAUAACUGCUGAUUUUUUUUUUUUUUUAUUAUUAUUUUUUUUUUAAUUAUUAUAUUAUUUUAGCUGUCUGAGUUGCUUGCCUGUCACUGCACACAACUCAAUAUGAAACUAUUUAACUUAUUUAUUAUCUUGUGAAAAAUAUACAUUGAAUAAUUUGUUCAUACUGUAUUUAUCGGGUAUGAUGAAAAAGCAAUAGAUAUAUAUUCUUUUAUUACGUUUAAAUUAUGAUUGCCAUUAUUAAUCUGCAAAAUGUUGAGUGUAUGUUCUUUUCACAGUAAUAUAUGCCUUUUUUUUUGUAACUUCACCUGUUUUAUUUUAUUGUAAAUGAGUAAAAUCUUAAUUUAA